UCCCGGCAAGGCCCUGGCGGGGCCAUGGCAGCCGGCAGCAUCACUACGCUACCCACCCUCCCGGAUGACGGCGGCAGUGGAGCCUUCCCGCCCGGCCACUUCAAAGACCCCAAGCGACUGUACUGCAAAAAUGGAGGUUUUUUCCUGCGCAUCCACCCCGACGGUCGGGUGGACGGGGUCCGGGAGAAGAGUGACCCUCACAUAAAACUCCAACUUCAAGCAGAAGAGAGAGGAGUUGUAUCUAUCAAAGGAGUAUGUGCCAAUCGUUAUCUGGCUAUGAAGGAAGAUGGAAGAUUACUGGCUUCUAAAUGUGUAACAGACGAAUGUUUCUUUUUUGAACGACUGGAAUCUAAUAACUACAAUACUUACCGCUCAAGGAAAUACACCAGUUGGUAUGUGGCACUGAAACGAACGGGGCAGUACAAACUUGGACCCAAAACAGGACCUGGACAGAAAGCUAUACUUUUUCUUCCAAUGUCUGCUAAAAGCUGA